GAUCCACGUGGUUUAAUCGGAGACAGACAGAGAUCCCAUUGUUCAAAAUCAAUAAAAAAAAAAGGCAGACAGAGCAAAAGAAAAGGGAAGCUGGAAGAAAAACUAGAAAGCAGAGCUGAGCAAUUUUGCAACCUGGAUCAGAGAGAAAACGGCCGAACCGCGCUUGCAAAAGGAGAAUCGGGGAAGAGUUGGGAAACAUUAAAGUUUUAUUUUUCUUAUUGGCAUAAGCAGGAGGGAGGAUGCCCCGAAAGAAGAAGGCGGCCGUGGCGGCCUGGGAGGAGGCGAGCUCCGGGAACGGGACGGGCCGGGCCGGGGCGAGGAAGAGGAGCGGGCCGGCGGGGAGGAAGAGGGAGAGGGCCGAGCGGGGCAGCAGCAGCAGCGGAGGAGGAGGAGGAGGCAGCAGCGCCGACGAGGACGGCGUCGAGCUGGACGGGACCCCCGGCGGGGGCAAGAGGCCCCCCAGAACCGCCCCGGCCAAAGCGGCAGGACCGGCCGCCCUCGUCAUCACCGAGCCCGACCACACCAAGGAGAAGAUCAAACUUGAAGGGUCUAAGGGCAAGGGGCAGCUCCUGAUUUUCGGAGCCACCAACUGGGACCUCAUUGGCCGCAAAGAAGUGCCUAAGCAGCAAGCUGCUUACCGUAACCUGGGUCAGAACCUUUGGGGACCGCACAGAUAUGGAUGCCUCUCCGGGGUCCAGGUGCGGACGGUGGUUUCAGGCCCGUGCGCGGCCCACAGCCUCCUCAUCACCACGGAGGGGAAGCUCUGGAGCUGGGGUCGAAAUGAAAAAGGACAACUGGGCCACGGGGACACCAAGAGAGUGGAGGCCCCGAAACUCAUCGAAGUCCUGAGCAACGAAGUGAUCGUGUCAGCUGCGUGUGGGCGGAACCAUACAUUAGCUCUGACAGAAACCGGCUCCGUGUUUGCAUUUGGAGAGAACAAGAUGGGCCAGCUGGGGCUUGGCAAUCAGACAGAUGCUAUUCCUAGCCCUGCCCAGAUAAUGUACAACGGCCAACCAAUUACCAAAAUGGCCUGUGGGGCCGAAUUCAGUAUGAUAAUGGACUGUAAAGGAAACCUCUAUUCCUUUGGGUGCCCUGAGUAUGGUCAGCUGGGACACAACUCUGAUGGGAAGUUCAUUGCCCGGGCCCAGAGGAUAGAGUACGACUGCGAGCUGGUGCCCCGCCGGGUGGCCAUCUUCAUCGAAAAGACAAAAGACGGCCAGAUCCUGCCCGUCCCAAAUGUGGUGGUGCGAGACGUGGCUUGUGGUACCAAUCACACGCUGGUUUUAGAUUCCCAGAAGCGUGUCUUCUCCUGGGGCUUUGGAGGGUACGGUCGGCUGGGCCACGCGGAGCAGAAAGACGAGAUGGUGCCGCGCCUGGUAAAGCUGUUUGACUUCCCCGGCCGCGGGGCUGCCCACAUCUACGCGGGCUACACCUGCUCCUUUGCCGUCAGUGAAAUCGGUGGGCUGUUUUUCUGGGGUGCGACCAACACCUCCCGCGAAUCUACCAUGUACCCCAAAGCAGUUCAGGAUCUCUGUGGUUGGAAAAUCCGCAGCCUGGCUUGUGGGAAGAGCAGUAUUAUAGUGGCUGCCGACGAGAGCACAAUCAGCUGGGGCCCAUCUCCAACCUUCGGCGAACUGGGCUACGGAGAUCACAAGCCCAAGUCCUCCACCGCGGCCCAAGAGGUGAAAACCCUGGAUGGCAUUUAUACAGAGCAGGUUGCCAUGGGCUACUCGCACUCUCUGGUGAUAGCAAGGGACGAGAGCGAAACGGAGAAGGAGAAACUAAAGAAACUGCCAGAAUAUAACCCCCGCACCCUCUGAUCAUCCCGGGAGCCAUGCAACUCCAAAGCUCUAGAGGCAGCUGUCAUUUCCAAUGUGCACUGGGACGCAAAGUCGUAUGAAGAGAUUAAAAAGCAAAAAUUGAACUAAACUGCAUUUUUGUUAGACUUCCCCUGGUUCCAUUUUCUAUGCGAUUCAACGUUUUAACUACCCGUUACUGUAUAAUUUCCAAAGCGUGUCUUUUUUAUUAUUUUUCCUUUUUCUAAAUGUUUAAUUAAAAUAUUUGCUCAUA